AUGAAAAACAUUUUUAAAGAUAAAAAUAUUUAUAUUUUAUCAGUUGAGAAUGAUCAAAGAGAUAAAUGUAAAUCUUAUUUAAUUUCAAAAAAAGCUUUGGUUGAAAAAAGAUUUUCAAAAAAGGUGAAUAUUAUAAUAACAAGUGAAAAAACUAUUUUGGAAAAUAAAUUUCCAGUUAAUACUGCAACCAAAUUGGGUAUAGAGAUAAUUGAUUAUGAAACUUUAUCAAGAGAUAUUGAAAGAUUUAUUAGAAAAACUCAACCAACAUCAUCAAAUGGUUCAACAUCAACAACAACAACAACAACAACAACAACACAAAAAGGUCAAAUUGUAUCAUUUAAACCAACUUCAUCAACCUCAACAACAACAAAUGUAAUUAAUACAACAACAACAUCAACAACAUCAACAACAACAAUUGUUGAUCCAAUUAUAUCAUUAAUAGUACCACCAUCAGGUAGUAAUAAUGGAUCAUUUCAAAUUGCAAUAUUUGGAAUUGGAUUUUUAGCAGGAGCAGGAUUUAGAAUUAAAAUUGGUAAUGAUAAUGGUGGUGGUGGUGUUUUUGCAAGUAAUUAUGAAUUUCAUUCAAGUACAUCAGUUUUAUGUACCAUACCAAACUUAAAUAUUAAAUGUGGUCAACAACCAAUUUAUGCAAGUAAUGAUGGUGGUAAAACUUUUGGAUUUCCAAUUCAAUUUUUAUUCUUUGACACAUCAAUCCAUAGAAUACCAACAGCAAGAGAACAAGAUGGUAUGGUAUUAAAGAGUCAAUUGGAUAAUUUAAAGAGAGCCAUUUCAAAUAUUCAAACUAUGGAAUCAAUUCUAAUGAGACGUAUUUCAUUAUUGAAUGGUAAUCAUGAUGAUAGUAAAUCAAUUGAACAGAUUUUCAUUCAACAACAAAAUUUCAUUGAAAGUGGUGCAUCACAAUUAUUACUUGGUAAUGGUGGUACCACCGAUCAAUUGUUACAAAGUCUUGAGGGUUCAGAAUAUUCAAGUACAAACGAUGAUGGUGAAAACGAUCAAUCAGACGACGAUGACGACAAUGAAGAUGAUGAUGAUUUCGUUGAAAAGAAUUCAAAUCAAGUUAAAGAAGAAUUUUCAGAGAGAGAAAUUAAAAUAUUUAUUUCAUCACCAUUUAAAGAUAUGCAAUUGGAUCGUGACCAAAUUGUAAAGGUCGUAAUACCAAGAAUUAGAAAACUUUGUAUUGAAAGGGACAUUGUAUUGAGUUAUGUCGAUCUUAGAUGGGGUGUAACAAGUAAUCAAUCUGAACAAUCCACUGGUUUAAGUAUGUGUUUGAAAGAAUUGGAGAAAUGUAAUAUUUUAAUUGGUUUAUUUGGUGAACGUUAUGGUUGGUCAUCGCAAGAGAAACAAGAUCCAAAAUCACAACAAUUACUUCAAUCAACAUUAGAUCGUGCAAUUCAAGAUUUCCCAUGGGUAAAGAAUUAUCGUGAUUCAAGUAUCACUGAAAUUGAAUUUCGUAUGCUUUUGAACCAAAGACAACAACAAAGAAAUGGUUUCUUUUAUUUCCGUGAUCCAUACUAUCUCGAGGAGGUUAGUCAAAUGGAUAAAAAUAAUUUCGUUUCAGAAGGUCAAAGAUCAAAAGAGAAACUUGAGAAACUUAAACAAGAAAUCAUUAAAUCACCCUUUAAAUCAUCGGAAUAUCGUCGUCCAACCAAUUUAUCAGAUGUACUCUAUGAGGAUUUAGAGAAAUAUAUUGAUAAAAAAUAUCCAUCUGGUAAUUGUGAAUUAAAAGGUUUUGAAAAAGAACGUUUCUUACAUUCAGUUUUCAUUAAAAAUUUAACAAAAAUUUAUAUUACAAAUGAAAAUUAUUUUAUGGAAAUUGAUACUUAUUUAUCAGGAAGUGCUACUAGUAGUGGUAGUGGUAAUAAAAGUAUUUCAAUUGGUUCAAGUAUUAAUAGUGGACUAUUAUCAUCUUUAAAAAAUAAACCAGUAUUUUUAAUUCAAGGUGAAAGUGGUUCAGGUAAAUCAUCAUUAAUUAGUAAUUGGUUAAAACAACAUAAAGAACAACAUCCAGAAGAUUUAGUUGUAUCACAUUGGAUUGGUGCAUCACCAAGUUCAAAUAAAUUUACAUCAAUUUUAAUUAGAAUUAUGAAUGAAAUUAAAAAUCAAAUUGAAAUUGAUCAAAAGAUUGCCAAUGGUGGAUCAAAUUCCUCAUCGUCAUCGUCAUCAUCAAUGUUUUCAACCACUUCAACAUCUUCUGUAUCAUGGUUACCAGAAAUACCAGAUGAAACAUUUGAAAGUGAAAAAAUUGUUUCAGAAUUCCCACAAUUUUUACAAUAUGUAAUGUCACAUCCAUCAUUGAAUGGUAAGAGAUUAGUAUUGUUAAUUGAUGGUUUAGAUAAAUUAGAUCCAAGAGAGAAUAGUCAAGAGUUAAUAUGGUUCCCAAGAAAUUUCCCUCAUAAUGUAAAGGUUAUUGUUUCAUCGAUUCAAGGUAGUAGACAAAGUGAGGUUCUAAAGAAGAGAGGAUCUCAUAUUCUUUCGAUUUUACCAUUCACUGAAGCUGAAAGAAAAUCAAUGGUACGUUUAUACCUUCAAAAAUAUGCAAAGAAAUUAUCAGAUCAACAAGAGAUUGCAAUCGCUAUUUCAAAAUCAACAACAAAUCCAAGAUUCCUUCAAUUACUUCUCGAUGAUAUUUUGGUAUUUGGUGAUUACGAACGUUUAAAUGACCGUAUUAAAACUUUACUUCGUGCAAAGAAUACAAGUGAACUCUAUGAAAUCAUUUUAGACCGUAUUGAAAAAGAUUAUGAUCCAAAAGCAAAGGGUUUAGUAAGUGAAUUCUUAAAAUACAUUUGGGCCGGUAGAAGAGGUGUUGAAAUGUCUAUGCUUUCAACAUUACUCUUGAAAAAGAAUAUCGAUCCAGCUGAAUGGGGUUCAUUAUUGGUAUUGAUGGAAGCUUAUAUCACUUCUUCAUCGGGUGUUAUCUCUUUCCUUAAUGAUGAUAUUUCAAAAGCUGUCGAAAAGAAGUAUAUUACAACUCCAAAGAUUGGUAUUGAAAUUCAUACCAAUUUAGCAGAGGCUUUCGAACAAUCUGGUGACUUAAAUGAAAGAAAGGUUGAGGAAUAUCCUUAUCAAUUAUUAAAGAGUGAAAAUUGGGAAUCAUUAAAAAAUACCUUAACCAAUCUUUACGUAUUCGAUAAACUCUAUACACCAAAUCAUAAGGUUGAUCUCAUCAAUUAUUGGAAUGUAUUGGAGAAACAAACUAAACCACCAAAGAAUGCUGCAGAAAGAGAUGAUCCAAUACCAUACAAUUGUUCAAAUGAAUUUAAGGCAAUCAUUUCACGUUCAUUCAUUCAAGCAUCUGGUUUGGUAAUUUCCGAUGUUUGGUUUAGAGUUGCAUCGUUCCUUGAAGAGUUAUCUCAAUUUGAUGGUGCCGAAGUACUCUACAAUAAAUGUCGUGAACUUUAUAUUAACAAUUCUCAAAAUAUUGAAGCUGCAAAAGUUGAUCGUGCAAUGGGUAGAAUGUAUCUAACAAUGGGCCAAAAUGAUAAAUCCGAUAGUAAAUUCAGAUUGGCACUUUCAAUCUACACAAAAGAAAGAGGUCAAGAAGAUAUUGAAGUUGCAAUCACUCUUAAUCUCUUGGGUACUCUUGCCACUAAUAGAUGUAAAUUCGAUGAAGCUAAACAAAUUCUCAAUCAAGCUAUGAACAUUUGUGAAUCCAAAUAUGAAAGCAACGUUUUACUCAUUGCUGAUAUUGCCUAUAGUUUGGGUUCAGUUUGUUUCGUUGAACCAAAUCGUAAAUUAGAGGUUGCUGAAGCUUACUUUGCAAGAUCAUUAGAAUUAACUGAAUCAAAAGUUGGUGAUAUGGAUGUUGCUUAUGCUCGUAUUUUAACUCGUUUAGGUUCAUUGAAUAUUGAAAAGGAUACCUAUGCCGAUGCAGAGGCAUUCUUUAAAGCUGCCCUUAAAAUCUAUGAAGCUAGAUUGGGUAUUGAUCAUUCUAGAGUUUCUCAAAUUCUUAGACAUAUGAUUUCCCUCUAUGAGGUUCAAGAAAACUAUAAAAUGGCUGAACAAUGUUGUAUCAGAGCUUUGGCAAUCACAAAGAAAAUCUAUGGUAACUCUCAUAAUCUUGUAUCGGCCACUCAAAUCCGUCAAGCUUUAUUAUAUAAUUCAAUGAAUAGAAAACAAGAUUGUCUCAAUCUAUUGAAUGAAGUUAAAGUUACAAGAGAGAAAGAAUUUGGUCCUGAUCAUAAACAAGUUAAACAUAUUAUUGAUUUAAUUAAAGAAAUUGAUAAACCAAUCGUACCAAAAGCUCCACCUCCACCACCUCCAUCAUCAUCAUCGCCAUCUGCUUCAUCACUUUUAAUGAAAUCAAUUACUUCAUUACCAAUUGUAAAUGGUCAAGCAGUUCUAUCUGUUCCAAAACCACCAGUUUCCAGAGGACCAAAUGGUAUCCCAAUCCCACCACCACCUCCACCAACAAUUAAAUUGUACACAAACAUGGUAUCACUUCAAAGUGUUAUGAAACAAAAUGUUGGAAGAAUUCCAGUUGCUCAACCAACUUCAUUCAAUUCUCCAGUUCAACCACCUUCACCUCGUACUCAACAAGCUAUUCAACAAGGUCAACAACAACGUCAACAAGUUCAACAACAACAACAACAAGUUCAACAACAAAUGUCUCAAAAAGUUUCAUCACUACAACAACAACCACAACAACAACAACAACAACAACCAUCACAAGGUUAUGGUAAUCGUCAAAAUACUCCAUUAUUCCAACAACCAAUUUUCCAACAACAGUUCCAACAAAAUCGUAUACAACAACCACAACAACAACCACAACAACAAGCUUAUGUUGGUGAUAUGUUGGCUCAAUUUGAUCAACAAAAACUUAAACGUGUUCAAAAUGCAAAUGAUCGUAGUGGUGCUUCUCAAAUCGUUGAAAAUUUAAUUGGUAAAAAGAAAUGUAGUAAACCAGUUUCACUUGUAAAUAAAGGUUAUAUGGAAGAAUCAAAUCAAAUAGAUAUGGGUGCUCUAUUUGAUUAA